CGGUGUCAGCCCCGCCGAGGGAGGCCCGGCCCUCAGUGUUCAGUCGCCACCGAAGGGCCCGGUGCAGUGUGUUUUCACACUCAAGGAUGGUGAUAGCCUGCAGUAAUCAGUGUUUCUAAUGAACCUACAGAACUAUAAGAAAUCCUCCGGAGAGAGGAUUCUCAGUACAAACGUUUUGUUGUAAACUAAAACACAAGAAGUCCCACCUCAGCGUGUGGAAGAACUUCUUGACACGGAGAGUGGCAGAGUGCUGGGACAGGCUGCCCAGGGAGGUCCUGGAUUUUCUCUGUUUAGAGACAUUCCAGACCUACAGGAACACGUUCCUGCUCCAACUGACCCUGCUUUGGCAGGGGAUUUGGACUGGAUGAUUUUCAGAGAUCCCUUCCAACCCCAAUGAUUCUGUGACUCCAUGUCUUUUAUUGACGGAGUUGCUGCCUUUCCCAGUGCCGCUGGCAGAGCUGUCACUCAUGAACAAGUUGAUCCACACAUCCCUGGUGGAAUCCCAGCAGCACGUGGAGAUCCUGCAGCGGGACCCCAACUCCCCACUCUUUUCUGUCAAGACCUUCGAGGAGCUGCCCCUGAAGAAGGAGCUCUUGCAGGGGGUUUACAUGAUGGGCUUCAACAGACCAUCCAAAAUCCAGGAGCAGGCCCUGCCGCUCAUGCUGGCUUACCCUGCCUCUGCCUGGCUCCCACCUACGAGCUGGCUCUGCAGAUCGGGCAGGUGGUGCGGACCAUUGGGAAGUUCUGCACUGACAUCAAGGUGAACUAUGCUGUCCGGGGAAACCGAGUUCUGAAGGGCGCAGCGCUGGAGGAGCAGAUCAUCAUCGGAACACCGGGCACCACUCUGGACUGGUGCUUCAAACAGCGCAUCCUGGACCUGGCAAAGAUCUCCCUGUUCGUGCUGGAUGAGGCUGACAUCAUGAUCGACAUGCAGGGCCUCUCCUGUCAGAGCAUCCGCAUCCACAGGGCUCUUCCCAAGAGCUGCCAAGUGCUGCUGUUCUCAGCCACUUACAAGGAACCCGUGCGGGCCUUUGCUGAGCGGAUCAUCCCUGACCCCAUUGUGAUCAAGCUGCGUGAGGAGGAGCUGACCCUCAGCAACAUCAGGCAGUACUUCAUGGUGUGCCAGGGCUUGGACGAGCAGUACAGGGCCCUCUGCAACCUCUAUGGCAGCUUCAUCAUCGGUCAGGUCAUGAUCUUCUGCCAGACCCGCAGGCUGGCAGUGUGGCUGGCAGGGAAGAUGAGCCAGGACGGGCACCAGGUGGCCAUCCUGACAGCAGAGCUGACGGUGGUGCAGCGGGCCAGCGUCAUCCAGCGCUUCCGCGAGGGCAAGGAGAAGGUCCUGAUUGCCACCAACGUCUGUGCCAGAGGCAUCGACGUGCAGCAGGUCACCACGGUGGUGAACUUUGGCCUGCCGGUGGAUGUGGACGGCGGGCCGGAUUUUGAGACCUACCUGCACCGCAUCGGGCGGGCAGGGCGCUUCGGGCACCGCGGCAUCGCCUUCAGCGUGGUGCAGAGGGACACCGUGCCGCUCGUGCACAGGAUCGAGGAGUAUUUCCGCAUUUUUUCUGCCUUUCCUUGCACACCUUUGUCCCAGGGGAGCUGGUGCCCCAGCUCAGCCCUGGCUGUGGGAGAGGAGAUGGCAGCUGUGGAAAUCUUUCCUGAGUGGAAAUUGAUUGUCACUUGUUAACCUGAAGAGGAUUUUCAUGGGAUUUGCCAGAUGCCAGGGCUGCACUGAUGGCUUUUUGAAUCCGAGUGCCUGUUUUCCCUGUCAUUUUUAGAGGAAAGAGGGUUUUAUAACCCCUUCUGAUGGGCAGGAAAUGGUGUCCCUUCCUCAUCUCUGGCCUCAGAGCCACUCAGCCCUAUUGGUUCCUUUAAAUGUCCACCUGUCAUUGGGACCUGGAGUGAGCCUGAGGCAGACACCAGGCGGAGAAGACACGAGCCACACAUUCUGGCUAAGAUUGUUGCCGUGGAGUAGAAGCAGUGAGCAGCUGGAACAACUGUCUUGUGGAUGAGCCCAAGCACAGCCCUGGCCAGAAGGAUCCAGUGUGAGGAUGAACUCCCAGCGGUCUGACUUGUGCUUUUCACGUUGUGAUGUUGCAGUUGGAGGGUACAAACCUUCCCUGUCCUGCAUGGCUGUGGAGGUGGGAACAGGGAGUUGGGGCACACCAGAGGCUGAGCUCUGUGCUCUGAGCUCUCUGUGGGGCUGCUGCUUGUGCUUGCUGCCGUGCCUUGGCUGCUGCCCUGAUCCAGUUCCCCUCCUGCUUUAUCCCAGCUGAUUUCCCCACUGACCCAGUUCCCCCUGCACUUCCUCCCAGCUGAUUUCCCUGCAGAGGGAAAUGCUGCAGUGAACAGUCCAGGAGCUUCCCAGCUGGCAUGGGGCACUCAGAUGGGGCAGGCAGCACUCAGGGGAACGAGCUCUGUGCUCAUGUCCCAACAAUUUCUCUUUCCUUCCCACAGAGACCACAAUCAAGCAGCUGGAUCCGUACGACAUGGAUGAGCUGGAGAAGCUUGCAGCUGAGUGAGGAGCAGGGAUUCAUUCUCCCAAAUCCAAGUUCUGGUUUUGAACAGGAGGAAGAGUUACAAGGGAAAACUUCCCGGUUCUCUUGUAUCCUGAAGCUGUUGAGUUUUUGUUGUGUUGCCUGAGGAGAGGCUGGAGCGAACCUUGUCUCGCUAGAUGGCAGCAGGAAUCCACUGCUGCCAUCCCAGAUCCCGGGGCAAAACCCAAGUGUUCAGGGUCCUGGCAGUGCAGGAGACAGGUUGGAGCCCCGGGGGUCUGAACUCCAAAUAUUUGGGGUCCCCGCAGUGUGAGGACAGAAGUUGGACUCCAAGGAUGGGGCCGUGUUUGUGCCUUUGUUAAUCUUUAAAAAAUACAAUUGUUUGUAAUCA